UCGGCACAAUCUCGACAUGGUUCACGCUGUUGCACUCUCCUACUACUCCACUACUGAGUACUGAUUCCUCUCUUCUCUCUUCCCCCACUCGUCUUCCCGAUCUCUCUCACUCCCGAUUUCUCUGCGACCUCUCGCUCCGGAUCCAGCUCCCACGCCCACCUCUCCCGCACCGCCGCCUGCCUUCGCCUCCCCCCGCGGAGAGGAGAGCACGGCCAGCCAACCUCCCCCGACGCCUCCCCCAACUCGCGGAUCGAGCACCAUCCUCCCCCGACAGCGCGCCCCGUCCGGAUCGAGCAACUGGUCUUGACGGCGGCAGGAUUGUUCUGGGCGGCGACGGGAGGCAAGCUGCGGAGGAGCGAGACGGGGAACGGAAGAGGUCUUUGAACUGGAUCAGGAGUUCUUUUCAUCUGGAGAGAUUGUACUGUAAGAAUUGGUAGCUAUUUGGGCGUUUAGUUGCUCUCGUGGUCGUAAGCAAAAUGGAGGGGGUUGUUGCUGGCAAUGUGGAGCUUGAUUCUGCUGUUUUCCAAGUCUCCUCGACCAAAAACAGGUAUGAGGCAAUUGCUUGUAGUGAAGAGUGCACUGAAUUGGUAGCAUCUGGUCCUUUUGAUCAACUAGUCCUGCACUUAGAAGAAGCCAAACAGUUCAACUCUUGUUCAUCAAGUGGCUCAUUUAAGCUGUUGUUGGCUGGGGAUGCAAAAUGCUCUCCCUGGUUCACAAAGUUCACCUUAGAGAGAUUCCUGCACAUCAUAAACUCGCCUGAUGCAUCAAAAAUGGCGAAUGGAAUUUUACAGGAGAUGUCUCAACUGGAGGAAACUAGGAAGUUUCAUGAUUCUCUCUACUCUAAGGAGCAGAAAAGUCUUAUGGGUGGUGCUUUGACAGGAGCUUUCUUCAGUACCAUUAGUAUAUCACAACAGGGAAAUACAGGCCUGAAUUCCUCCGUGGCUACAAAGAAUGAAUUGCUUCGGGCACUGGAUUUGAGGCUGUCAGCACUGAAAGAAGAGAUCUUGGUCUUAUUGAGUCAAGCAGUUGGCUCAAAUUUGUCAAAUAAAGAAAUAUUAGAGUUGUCUGCUUUUGUUCAGCAUUUUGGGACAUCCGAUUUCAGUUGGUUGAUGCGGUGCUUAUUGUUGAUCCUGGACUGCCAACCCUCUGUGCUCCCUCCAAGACAUGCUUCUACUGCUGAGAAAAACGGCAGUUCACUGGAGACUCAUCAUAUCAGCUCCCAAGACAAUACCCAGAGACCUAUCACCAGUAAUAUCUCCCCAGCAAAGCUUGCACAAGUUGAACGUAAAAUGUCGAUGGAAAGCGAUGAUUCCUCUGAAUCCAGUGAUGAAGAUGAGGUUGUUGUUGAAAGAAGCCGCCCCCUUAUGAGAUCUGCUUCACCUAGGAGGUCUGCUUCUCCAAUGCGAAGGGUUCAAAUCGGGAGAUCGGGAUCUCGUAGGUCAACACCAAUUGCUAUCAAGAGCCUCAGCUACUUCCCCCCUAGUCAGAGAAUUGCUUUGGAUAAAGAUGAUGAAAGUAGUGGCUGCAAUGGUGAAACGGACCAGCCACCAAGGAAAUCCGACAAUAACGUUAGAAGGAUGAGUGUGCAAGACGCGAUAAGCCUUUUUGAGAACAAGCAGAAGAAUGAGAAUCUAGAUUCUGAAAGUAAGAAAGCUGGUUUGGUUGCUACCAAGUCUGUACUUCGAAGGUGGAGCUCAGGGAUGGGUGAGUCUUUUAAAAGUACAUCAGAAGAAAAAACAUCUCAAUGUAAAGGCAAUGAUAUGGCUUCUGAUAUAGAGAAGAAUGAAGCUGAAUUACAGGUUGAGGCAGAUGCUGUGCCAAGCAUUGUUGAUGCACCUGAGGUAGGAAGUCUCCAUGCUGAUGGUCAUGGCAUCACGGUGCCAGAAAUGGACAAAGUGUUGUCAUCAAAUACUCAUAUUUGUGCUGAACAAACAAAUGCUGUGCAGGAGGAAAAUAGUGAUAGAGCAAUGGCCUCUGCUGAGUGGAACCGCCAGAAGGAGGCAGAACUUAAUCAGAUGUUGAUGAAAAUGAUGGAGGUCUUGCCUGGAAAGUUUGCAGGGGCCCAUGUCUCUGCUCCUGGGCUCAUUUCCGCUAAUGAGAAGAAAGGCGGACAGCAAAGGGAGAAGCGAGACGCGAAAGUUCGUGCUGAGAAAGGUGGAAGGCGACCAGCAAAGGAGGCUAGCACAAAGCUCUUAAAGGAAUCAGCUGGGCAGAGCAAAGCAGCAAUUGCCCCUAAAACUGGUACCACAACAGAGAAACGUAAUUCACCGAUUCCACAAAGGGCACGAAGAAAUUCCUCACCUCCAGUCUUGCCAAAGGAAGUGACCUCAAAGACACCAGCCAAAAAAAGUUCACCAAAACCAUCACCUGCACCUGCUACUCGUAGCUCAUGGUCAGGUGGAUCUUUGACUAAAGCAACUACUAGUACUGCACAGAAAACCAAAAACUCUUCUGGAACGGUUUCAACGUCGACACCAACUAGCCGGAGAAGGACCGUGACAUCUCCCUCGUCAUCUCAGCCAAUUCCAAAGGUGGAAAGAACACUUCCACCAGUGAAGAACAAGAAAGAAACCAUGACUGUCACAAAGUCAGCCAUUAAGGGGCUGGAAGAAAAGAAGACACGGACAGUAACAAAGACUAGCAGGGUGGCCAAAAGUUCACCUGCUUCAGAAGAAAAGUCAAGCGCGGUAACAAAGUCAAGCUUGCAUAGCAAGGUCCCUAAGAAAAGCAGUGUUGUACCGCUAGAAUCCAAACCUGUGAAGAAAGCCACAGGAAUUGGUCAAGGUGUUGGUUCUGGUGCUGUUAAGACUAAAGUGCCACUGCUCGGUGAUUCUUCAAAUGACAGUGGAACUGUUAACCAAGCUGAAGAUAAGGAGCAAUCUUCUGUGACAACCGAGCCAACUACCAAGGUACUGGAGGCUGAUCUUGCUCAAUCAGCACAUGAUGUUGAUGAAAAUUUAGAAAUUUCAAUCCAUAAUGACUUAAAUGUUGAAACAACAGAAAAGCUGGUCUCGAGUUUAGCUGCACCGGUACCAGAAAUGGGCUCCACUGACCAGGUUGAGCCCUCUAUUGUUGAGGUCAAACCUCUUGAGGAGGACAUGGACAUCUCAUCAGCUGCCUGGGUAGAAGUAGAACAUCAAGAAGGUACUGAUGUGGGUGAAAGUGUGACUGGCGAGGAUGUCACCUCACCAGCAAUUGAACCAUUGCCAUCAUCAAGCCCGAGAAUCCGUCAUUCGUUGUCACAAAUGUUGCAAGCAGAUAGCAACGAACCAGAAAUUAUUGAGUGGGGUAAUGCUGAAAACCCACCUGCUAUAGUUUUUCAUAAAGAUUCUCCAAAGGGAUUCAAGAGGCUUCUAAAAUUUGCUCGGAAAAACAAAGGAGAUAGUAGCAGUAAUGGCUGGGCAAGCCCAUCCGUAGUUUCUGAAGGAGAAGAUGAACAAGAAGAAUCAGGUGCUGGUGAUGGUGUGAAUUCAGGCAGGAGAACUUUUGAUGGUUCCAAGAGUAAUAGCAUCUUAUCAGCUCAAUCAACUACCAGCAGCUUAAACGCUACAAGCUCGGAUAGGCUACGGGACAGGCCUGGGGCUGCACCGUCAACUAAAGCAUCGAGGUCAUUCUUCUCCCUCUCAAACUUCCGGAGCAGCAAAACCAACGAGUCAAAGCUGCGAUAACAUGAAUAUACAUGGAUAGUCGACCCCUCCCUCCCUGGUAGAUGUAAAAAUGCUUUGAGGUGAUUGUUCGAGAGGAGCCAGUUUGUGGCGUCGGGUUCUGCUUUCCUGCUGUUUGAUAUAGCCUCUCCGUAGACUUACUUUUGCUCAUGUCUUGGUGUACAUCGCUUAAGUAUUUUUACAGUCGCUGCGAGCGGAUUGAGAUGACUGGUAUGUUUGCAUGUUAUCAUGACUGAUGGCUGCCGCAAAUGAAAGAUUUAACUGCAUCCAAUUCAUCGUUAUCAA